AAUAUUCUAUGGCUUGGAUGACUUACAUUUCACAUUGGUUUGAGCAAGAUGAUUGGUAUGAAGGACUUCAAAGAGCAAACAUGUCCCAAGUAAGGCAAGUGGGACUGCUGGCUGCUGGAUGUCAACCAUGGAAUAAGGAUGUAUGUGCCGCCUAUGGAGACAGGUUUGCAUAUUGUGCGACCCUUGCUAUCUAUAUUUAUCAGUUGGAUCACCGUUAUAAUGAAUUCAAACUUCAUGCAAUUAUGUCUGAACAUAAAAAAACAAUCACAGCAAUCUCUUGGUGUCCGCAUAACCCUGAUGUGUUUGCAAGUGGCAGUACCGAUAACUUAGUGAUCAUUUGGAAUGUUGCAGAACAAAAAGCCAUUGCUAAACUCAACAACACAAAAGGGAUUCCUGCCUCUCUUAGCUGGUGCUGGAAUGCAGAUGAUGCUGUGGCAUUUGUUUCCCACAGAGGCCCACUUUUCAUUUGGACUAUCUCAGGACCAGAUAGUGGAGUGACUGUACACAAAGAAGCUCAUAGCUUCUUGUCUGACAUCUGUAUAUUCAGAUGGCAUACCCAGAAAAAGGGGAAAGUUGUGUUUGGUCACAUUGAUGGAAGUCUAUCAAUUUUCCAGCCAGGUAAUAAAAAUCAGAAACAUGUUCUGAGACCUGAAUCUCUUGAAGGAACAGAUGAAGAGGAUCCAGUUACAGCUCUGGAAUGGGACCCACUAUCUACUGAUUAUCUUCUUGUGGCUAAUUUGCAUUAUGGAAUUCGCCUACUAGAUUCUGAAUCACUUUAUUGCAUAACAACAUUUAAUUUUCCCAGUGCAGCAGCUUCUGUACAGUGUUUAGCCUGGGUUCCCAGUGCUCCUGGGAUGUUUAUAACUGGAGAUUCUCAAGUGGGUGUUUUACGCUUUUGGAAUGUUUCAAGAACAACACCUAUUGAUAAUUUUAAAUUAAAGAAAACAGGAUUUCACUGCUUACAUGUACUGAAUUCUCCUCCAAGGAAAAGAUUUUCAGUCCAAUCUCCAAUCAAAAAUCAUUAUACAUCCUCAACAAGUGAAGCAGUUCCACCCCCAACUUUGACACAGAAUCAAGCAUUUUCUCUUCCUCCUGGUCAUGCGGUGUGUUGUUUCUUGGAUGGUGGAGUUGGACUUUAUGAUAUGGGAGCCAAAAAGUGGGAUUUUCUUAGGGAUUUGGGACAUGUGGAAACUAUUUUUGACUGCAAAUUCAAACCUGAUGAUCCGAAUCUUUUAGCAACAGCUUCAUUUGAUGGCACUAUAAAAGUUUGGGAUAUAAACACAUUAACAGCAGUAUACACUUCCCCGGGUAAUGAAGGGGUUAUUUAUUCCCUUUCAUGGGCUCCAGGUGAUUUAAGUUGUAUUGCUGGGGCAACUUCACAAAAUGGUGCUUUUAUUUGGGAUGUUCUAAAAGGCAAAAUGGUACAACGAUUUAAUGAG